UCUUCUCACGCGGGAGAUAAACAAAAAGAGCAAGAGUCUAGUUUCAUUAAUAAUUUGGAUUGAUUGUUUGACAUUGCUCGACGAAAUGCAUUAAAUUUGAUUAAAAACGAUAAGGGUAAACAGUUCCUUAUUCUGCAAAGGGAAGUUGGAAGGCCUGGAUCUGCCUUUGCGAGAGUUAAAAAAGGCAAAAUCGAAGAAGAACCAACAACGGAACCAGAGUCUUCCUUGGAAUCUCAAUCAGCUACCAGCGUUUUUACUAUUGAUGGAGGAGGUAAGAAUAUAAUCAAAUAAGAUGGUAACUUCUACUAUAUGUCAAUAUUUUUAUGUCUUGCUUCCAGAUGAGAAACCCUCCACUAGUAGAGCGUUUUCCGAGCGAAGUAAAUCAAAAAUAAUGACUCCUAUACUAGCUGCCACCCUAGACCGUAUUGGACUAAGCGACCGAAAUGCAAUGUAUGUUAUUUCUGCGGUUUUAACAAGUGCUGGACUAAACUUAGACGAUUUUACCGUUAGCAGACAAACAAUCUCAAGGGCCCGUGCAGAAUAUCGCGAAGAGAUUGCUCAAAAUAUCCAAAGCAAUUUUGAUCUAAAUGGACCACUUGUUGUACAUUGGGAUGAAAAGCUGCUUCAAGAUCUCACAGGUACUGACAAAGUAGAAAGAUUGCCAGUUUUGGUAUCUUCUGGAGCAAAUGUUCAGCUGCUUGGAGUCCCAAAAUUGUCUUCUGGAACUGGUGAAAGACAGGCAAACGAAGUUUGCAAAUUGAUGAAUGCAUGGGAACUAAGCGAUCGCAUCUGUGCAAUGGGAUUUGAUACAACAGCAGCAAAUACAGGAAUCGAAAAAAGCGCUUGUACGCUAAUCGAGAAGUGGAUUGGCAGAGAUCUUUUAUGGCUGGCGUGUAGGCAUCAUAUUGCCGAAGUUUUGAUGACAGCAGCUUGGGAAAAACUAUUUCCUUCAAAAGGCCCUUCUUCAAGUAUUUUUAUAAAAUUUAAAUCGGCAUGGCUUACUAUGGAUCAAUCCUUUGAUGAAAAUAUGGUAGACGAAAACAUUAUUGAGAUCCUUGGUGAUGAAACACAAUAUUUGAUUUUUGAAAAACCAACUCAAUAUUCAACAGCAACGACAAGACUAUAAAGAGUUGCUAAAUUUAUCUUUAGCAUUUCUUGGUGUGAAAAGAAUUAAAUUUUCGCCACCAGGAGCACAUAGCAAUGCCAGAUGGAUGGCGAAAGCAAUAUAUUGUCUUAAAAUAUGGCUGUUUAGAGGCCAAUUUGACAUGACCGAUGAUGAAAGGCGAAAAAUUCCAGUAAUGUGUGCUUUUAUUUUACGAGUUUACAUUUGGUCUUGGUUUAAAGCUCCUUUACCCUCAUCAGCAGCACGAAAUGAUCUAAACCUGGCAAAAAAAAAUGAUAACUUUACGAGAUGCUUUCCCUGAUCAAUCAAGAAAUGUGUAUAUG